CAUAUGGGGGGUACACAGGAGGGUGUCUGAGGGCUGACUGUAAAGAAGCUGCAUUGAUAACCCUCGGCUCACAGUAGCUCAGUCUCACUCUGUGGCAGUCCCCAUCGCAGCAGCUGCCUCUGCCCUGACUCCAGAGCUCUCAUCCAGGCACUGCCAUCAUGACUGUGACCCCGCUCCUCCUGCUGCUGCUGGGCCUUACAGGGGCUCACACCACUACUGACCAGCGCACAGCCGCAGCCAUGGCUGCAGGCUUGUGCAAGACGCGCCCCACAGACCUUGUGUUCAUCAUUGACAGUAGCCGAAGUGUUCGUCCCUCUGAGUUUGAGCAAGUCAAGGUUUUUCUGGCCAAGGUCAUUGAGGGUCUGGAUGUGGGACCUAACGCCACCAGGGUGGGAGUGGUCAACUAUGCCAGCCGUGUGAAGAAUGAGGUGUCCUUGAAAACACAUAAGACCAAAGCUGGCCUUGUGAAGGCUGUGACCAAGAUUGAGCCUCUGUCCACAGGAACCAUGACUGGCCUUGCCAUCCAGUUUGCUCUUAAUGUGGCCUUUAGUGAAGCUGAGGGAGCUCGUAAGUCCAAUGAGAUCAGCAAGGUGGCAAUCAUCGUUACAGAUGGGCGCCCUCAGGACAACGUCAAAGACAUAGCUCAGCGUGCUCGUGAUGCAGGCAUUGAGAUCUUUGCCAUUGGGGUGGGUCGUGUGGACAUGAGCACUCUGAGGCAGAUGGCCAGUGAUCCCCUGGACGAUCACGUGGACUACGUGGAGAGCUACAGUGUCAUUGAGAAGCUCACCAAGAAGUUUCAGGAGGCCUUCUGUGUGACGGACCUGUGUGCCUCUGGGGACCAUGACUGUGAGCAGGUAUGCAUCAGCACUCCAGGAUCUUUCAAGUGUGCCUGCAAAGAGGGCUUUACCCUGAUGGACGAUGGUCGCAGCUGCAGUGCCUGCAGUAGCGCAGCCACAGAUGUGGUGUUCCUGAUCGAUGGCUCUAAGAGUGUCCGUCCUGAGAACUUUGAACUGGUGAAGAAAUGGAUUAACCAGAUUGUUGACAAACUUGAUGUUUCUGACAGCAAGGCUCAUGUAGGACUGGUCCAAUAUUCCAGCGCUGUCAAACAGGAGUUCCCUCUGGGACGCUACAACAAUAAGAAGGACCUAAAAGAUGCUGUGAAAAAGAUGGCUUACAUGGAGCGUGGAACCAUGACUGGACAGGCCCUGCGCUUCCUGACUGACAACAGCUUCAGCUUUAUGCAGGGAGCUCGGCCUGGAGUCACGAAGGUGGGCAUUGUCUUCACUGACGGACGCAGCCAGGAUUACAUUGGGGAUGCAGCCAAAAAAGCCAAGGAGCUUGGUAUCAAGAUGUAUGCUGUUGGAGUGGGGAAUGCAGUGGAGGACGAACUCAAGGAGAUUGCCUCUGAGCCAGUUGGAGAACAUUAUUUCUAUACAGCCGAUUUUAAAACAAUGACUCAGAUCGGCAAAAAGUUGCAGAUCAACAUUUGUCAAGAGGAAGACCCUUGUGAAUGUGACUCCCUUGUAAAGUUCCAGAAGAAAGUAGAAGAUGCUCUACAGGCCCUGACGAAAAAAUUAGAGAGUAUGUCAAAGAGGAUUGCUCUGCUUGAGAACAAGAUCGUCUGAGGCUUUAUGUCACCCUCCCUCACUUUUCUCUCUGUAAUAUAUUGAAAUGAGCCUGUCUGUACACCCUGACCUCUGCUAUAGCCCGAGCUCUCCCUCCUGUGUGAAACCACCUCCUCCAGCCUUCUCCUGAGACACACAGAGCCCAGUCGUCAUGGGGACGUGAGAGUGUGUGCGCUCCGA